UACACAGAGAAUGUCCUGACAAAUGUGCAGGUUUCUCCUGAAAUGAAGAACAUUUGCAAGACUCCAUGAACUCUUAAUUCCAGUGACGCAUCUAGAGUUUGAUAGAAAUGGCCCGGGAUGCCAGAUCUUCACGAUUAAUUAAAAAAGAGGAGAUAAGCAAAAAGAAACUGAGUCCUGUUAAAAAGAAAUCUUGCCAAGGAAUAAAAAAUGCCAAGAAAGAGUCCUCAAAGAAAGAGUGUCCUACAAGCUGUAGAAAAUCAAUAGAAAACCAAAAUGAUGGCAAGAAAAAAUCCCAAAGAUGUAAAUCUCCAUUAAGUUCGCCAUGCCGAUUUCUCCGGAGCAGCGUAACCAAAGCCUUUUCUGGAACAUCUUGGAUGAACCUGGAAUUAACUGAUAAUGUUCUCUUCCACAAUCAGCCUCCUUUGAGCUACGGUGGGUUUUCCAUGACUCUCCGCAGGAAACCGUUUUCCCACAGGCUGUUUCAAGCAUCGACAAUCACAAAAGCUAAGAAGAGCGGCCCAAGAAAAAGACAGCAAGUCAGAUCAGGAAUUUCCUCUGCACUAGAAAGGAAAGAAGUUGAACAGACUACAAGAGCCUUUGCACGAGAUUUAAACUUGAAUAGCGAAUUGCCUUCUCCCAAAGGAGACAAGGCCCCAUGUUCUCAGGAAACAGGCUGGUCCUCCGUAGAUGAUAAUCAAGCCAAAAAGAGAGGGAUAAUGCACCCCUCGAAAAUUUCUGUUUCUAAUAAUGGUGUGGUGGAUACUUGUAAUUCAGGAAUACUAGAAGAAGAACACAGAUGUGAAGAAUUUGUUUCCAGUGAGCAGGCCCUGGAAGAUUUGUUUACUAAUACCUCAAAUGAAAUUUUGUCUGAGCCUCUUCAUCAAUUACACCUUGACUUUGACACUACUUUAAGGGUACAGGAAGAUGAAUUGGGGACACCUGUAGAACCAUAUGCAAAGAGUAACCUGAAUUUACCUCCUGUCCCCCCAGAGCAUUUAUGUUCACAUUCCUUUUCCAUGUUGAGCCUUUCCUCAGAACAAGACCUGGCGUUGCCUAAUAAAAGUCCGGAGACUUCUUCUCUGGAAUCUCAUUCCAAAACUGAACAUGAUAUGGUGCUACAUCCCUGUGUAUCUGAUGCUGCCAUUUUGAUUACCUCUGAACUGAUCUCAAAAUUGCAUCUGGAUGACCCGUCUGCACUGCCAGAACCCCUGAACAAACCAGAUGCUGAGCCUCUGAUUGCAGAAGAGAAGUGUUUGCAGGGUGACUCUGGACCAGAAGGUUGCUUCAAAGAACCAGGCCUUGGAGGAGAACCCCCUACACCAGAAGACCUGGCGCUGGUGCCGUGCAGCCAAACACUUGAUUCUUCUUCUUCCUACUAUAGCUGUGAGCCACCAAACGAGCAGUCAGUCUGUGAACAGAUUUCUAGCAUUUCUUUGAGUAAUUUCGUCUUGGAUGACCUUGAACGGACGCUUGAAAGGAUUGCUGCAGAAGCAUUCGGUUUCGAUCCAGCCUCUGCACCCUGUAAUCCAGAAAGAAACGCCACUAGUCCAGUCAGCAGGGAAGUGUCUGAAGGAAGUUUUUCCCAGUCCCCUAAUGCAAGGCUGCCCUUGGCUACAGGAGAGGGGGAAGAGCCAAGGACAGCGCCACCUAGCAAGUCCGUUCUGAGGCACCCGGAUCCCUUGCUACAGCUGGGAAGAGAUGGAAAAAUCACCAACUGUCUCCAGGAUCCCAAGAAAUGUGACACCAACACAGCGGUGGCAUCCGAGCCCUCCCCUUUUGAAUCUCCAACUGGUGGGUGCCUCGCCUCUUUGCAACCUGUGGUGGAAAAGAAAAAAAGAAGGCGCUGUGGAGUUUGUGAACCUUGCCUGCGGAAAACUAACUGUGAAGAGUGUAGCUGCUGUAGGAAACGCAAGACUAGCCACCGGAUAUGUAAAAAGAGAAAAUGUGAAGAACUGAAGAAGCCCCCACCGUCCAUUCCACCUUCAAAGCAGCCUGCAGAGGUGCUAACUGAAAACAAAAGGCCUCAGAGAAGGAAGCGAAGAGUUCCAAAGGGAGAUCUGAAAAGCAAACUAGUAAAUGGCUGCAGAGCAGAGCUUCUGGAAUAUGUUGCAUAUGGCCAUGGUGAAAAAUACAAGUUGAAAGCAAACUACUCACUGCCCUGGGAAGAUGUGCAGACAAAUGAAAAAGGAAGUAUGGCCGGCUUAGAAACAGAGAAGUGGGUGCCGAAUGAAAAUCCAUCACUUAACAUCCAUGUGAAUGGAGAUGUCUAUAACGCUGAAACCAGGGAUGAGAACUUAACACAUUUUGAAAAGGACGCAAAACUGGUUUAUUCUUCCAGCAUAAUAGAUGAGGCCCCCAAGUUAUUUGCACAUACAGCUAGAAAUGGCAUUAAAAUCUUACCGCAUUCACCAGCAGAAUGUGACACAUCAUUGAAAUCAGAUGUGAGCACACUGAAAAAAGCAGAUGUGAAUACUACUGCAAAGCUGGCCAACAGCUGCAAUCACAGUAACUCCAGUGCCUCCUGGAGUGAAGCGGCUCAGCUGAACAGCAUCUACCCUUUGGCAACUGGAACAUAUGGUGCUAUUCCAGAAAAGAAGGACUGUGUUGUAGGCCACCAGACAGAAAACCCAAAUGCCAUUCAGGAAGCCGAAAACUCGCUAUUGCAAACCAUUUCACUUUUACAUUUGCAGGACAAGCCACCCUGUACUCCAGUGCUUGAAAAGGGUGCUUGUCUCGAUGAUGGUGCUUCAAAUAUUCCUAGUAAGGAUUCCCAACCUGAAGAUUUGCAACUUCAGUCAACUUUUUUAUCUCUGAUUAAAAAUAGAAAUUUAACUGUGGAACAGGUGGUAGCUAUUGAGGCAUUAACACGUUUGUCAGAGGCCCCUUUAGGCCAUUCUUCACCAGCUAAACCAGAAGGUGUAGAGCAGCAAACGUCGCAUUUGCUGAACAGUUACAAAAAGGAUAGCCCAUGUCCCUUAAAAUCAUCUGCACUGAAAGUAAUAAAAGGGACUUGCCCACAAAAAGAUCAGCUUUUUCCUCAUCCUGCCUCACAGAGGAGAAUCCACCCUAAGGGUCUUUUCCACAAGGCUCAAGGUGCUAUUUCUGAGUUCCCCGGUAAAUCUUCAGGUCCCUCUAACUUACUGCGUAGGUUGCAUUGCACCUCAAAAGACACCAGACCUUUCUCUGCUUUAGUGUCUGGUGGAAAUUCAGGUAUUGCUACCAAGAAAUGCCCUCUUCAUCAUAAAACUGCUCUCGGGCCAUGUUCCAAAAACUCAAGUACCGUCAGACAGUGGUGGAACAGAGGAGAGACGCUUGGCAAAUGGGAAGGAAAGGCUGUUCACAACCUGAAUUUAAAAAGCAGUUCUGUAUUUAAGGGUGGGGUUCACAGCCAAGAUGAAGAAGAGGUAGCCACCCAGUUAACUCAACUCGCAGCAAUAAUUGAAUCAAGCAGAACCAGCCCCAAUCCGAAGACAACGACAACCCUUCUCGGUCGAUUACCACCUGAUAUGCAAUCCAAAAAUAAGCAGGAUCAGUGCCUAUUACAGAAGAAACAAUCGGUAUUUGGGAGAAACAAUUACAGCUCCUUGUUAGUCAAGCAAAGGCAGCCCCCUCGGAAGAAUGAGAAAUCAGUGCCGAGGGCUAAAAGAUUGAAGAAGAAACCUCAAGUAGCACUAGACCAACCAAGUCAGCUACAACAAGAAUGCCAGUACAGUGAAUUGCAGGACAUACAGAAAAAACCUUCCAAACUGCGCAGGCUUGGGCGCAUUGUGUCACAAGAUGCAAAGCUGUCAGCCUUGGGGAAAAAAACUUCCAAAACCAAAGGACAGAAGGGUCGGAAUCGGAGUGCUUUGUCAUCCCAGCAAAAACCAGCUGUAUUAUUUCUUCCCAAAACUCAGAUAAUAUUCCAUCGGCCUUUACCGGCUUCAAUACAAGGCAAAAUAAGAAACAAGCCAUUAGGCUGUGAAAUGGUGCCAGAGCCCCUCAAAACAACCGGCUUUAGCGAUGCACAAGGCGCCAGCAGCCAGAGUGGGGUCACGGGGGCUCUUCAACAUGGAGCCCCGCUUUCUAGUAAUCUGCUGACUGUUCCUCAGUUAAAAACAGACUUUUGCAUAAAACAAGCAAGUGAAAACGGGCAGAUGUUUACAGAAAAAGGCAAGAAUUCUCAGGUACAACAAACCAUGAAUAUCCCUCAGCUGCAUCCUUUUCCUCAGAUCUUCAGUCAGAGAGCUGAUGGUGACAUCUGCGAGGAAAGCCAAGCUAAACCACAGGACACUGUGGAACAAAAGGAUCAAAAUCUGCAACUGAUCUCUCAUAAUGGUGGCGAUGGCUUGCCAGGGGAUACCAUGCACACUCUUAGAAAUGUGGAGCAUGUAAGUGAAGCUACAUUUCCAACAUUAAGAACUUUAGAGACUGAAAAGCAACAGGGUACUGGGAACUUAAGGUGUUCUCCAACAAAGAAUACACUCAGUAGUUUUCUUGAAUCUCCCAUGACAUUCUUAGAUACCCCUACAAAGAAUUUAAUUGAUACACCUUCAAAGAAAGGACAGAGUAAUUUUCCAACCUGUGACUGUGUGGAACAAAUUAUAGAGAAGGAUGAAGGUCCAUAUUAUACACACCUUGGAACGGGCCCGAAUAUUGCUGCAGUCAGAGAAAUAAUGGAGGACAGGUAUGGAGCAAAAGGAAGUGCUGUAAGAAUAGAGGUAGUGGUGUAUACAGGCAGAGAAGGAAAAAGUUCCCAGGGGUGUCCAAUUGCCAAGUGGGUGAUACGGAGAAGUAGUGAUGAAGAAAAAUUGCUGUGCUUAGUUCGUCAGCGUGCAGGACAUCACUGCCAGACUGCUGUGAUUGUGAUACUUAUUUUGGCUUGGGAAGGGAUUCCUCAUCUUCUUGCUGACACGUUGUACAAGGAACUGACCCACAGUCUCAGAAAAUAUGGCUGUCCAACUAGCCGUAGAUGUGCAUUAAAUGAAGAUCGUACUUGUGCCUGUCAAGGUCUCGAUCCAGAGACAUGUGGGGCAUCCUUUUCAUUUGGCUGUUCUUGGAGCAUGUAUUACAAUGGCUGUAAGUUUGCCAGAAGCAAAAUCCCCAGAAAAUUUAGACUUCUCACAGAUGAUCACGCCCAAGAAGAAAAUCUGGAAAACAAUUUGCAGACUUUAGCUACUGAUGUGGCUCCAUUAUAUCAAAAACUUGCCCCUGAUGCUUUCUACAACCAGGUGGAGAAUGAGCAUCUGGGGCCUGACUGUCGUCUUGGGAGCAAGAAAGGCCGGCCUUUCUCUGGUGUGACAGCUUGCAUUGAUUUCUGUGCCCACGCACACAAGGAUACUCACAACAUGCACAACGGAAGUACUGUGGUUUGUACUUUAACAAAAGAAGACAACCGUACAGUAGGUGUGAUACCAAAUGAUGAGCAGCUUCAUGUGUUGCCUCUUUACAAAAUAUCACAAACAGAUGAAUUUGGCACAGAAGAGGGGCUGGAAGCCAAGAUUAAAACGGGGGCCAUCCAGGUGCUAACUGCUUUCCCCCGAGAAGUGAGGAUGUUAACUGAGCCACGUAGGGCAACCAAGAAAAAACCAGACGCAAAAAAGCAAAGUUUAGCUGAAAAAAAGCAUUCUGCGCCUGUAAGGGGAAAAAAUGGACUGCCAGAAAAUACUAAGAGAGCACCACAAAGUUCAGGGGGCAAAAUGAAUAUAGUGCAACCUGAGACAAAAAUGGAGACAGCUGAAUACUUUUCUAGCAUAAAACCUAAUUUAGGCAUUACUACCGAUUGCUCUCUGUUGAAGCAACGUGCUCCAUCCUCUCCUUUAAAACUGGAUAGUUUAUCCUCUAGCUCUCAAUUAAGUUGUGGUCUAAUGCCAGUAACUAAUAGCCAAGAAGAUGUUUCUACUCCCUACGGGUAUUUACAAUGCAGUAGUAAUAAACCUCAUGUGACAUCCAAAGGUGGUAAUAACGUUGACAUGUCCUCUCAUGAUUAUACUGGAAUUGUGAUGGAUGAGAAGAGAAAUGGUGUGCCCCUGCUUCUUCAAGACCUGACUACGUCCAGGCCCACAGUCAACAGAGAUAAUCUGCCCUUGACCACUGAACACAAACUAGCUAACAAGCAAAAUUGUGAAGUUAACUUAAAGUCCUCUUCUGCCUCCCAGGUAGCUAGCUCUUGUGAGUCAGUGUUGCAACUGGACAACAUUGAAGAAGAUAUCUCUAGUAAUGGUUCUUCCCAAGAGCACCCAAUGCAAAAGAGUGGAUUACAGCAAAGCCCAGGUUGUGUAGAAAACGGCUCCAAUGGCCAGCUCUUAAAACACGCAGAUUCUGAAGAAAAAGCAGAAGAAAUGUGGUCUGAUAGCGAGCAUAACUUUUUGGAUAAUGACAUUGGUGGGGUAGCUGUAGCGCCAUCCCAUGGUUCCAUCUUGAUUGAAUGUGCACGGCGCGAACUGCAUGCCACCACACCUCUUAAAAAGCCCAACAGGAAUCAUCCCACGCGGAUCUCUUUAGUCUUUUACCAACACAAAAACUUAAAUGAGCCAAAACAUGGGAUAGCCCUGUGGGAGGCCAAAAUGGCAGAGAGAGCAAAAGAGAAAGAAGCUAGAAAAUCAGGAACUGAAACCACCGGUCUGCCAGCCACUGACAAGAAUGCAAAUCAGACCAAUGCAACCCAAGAGAUUUUCUACAAAGAAAAUGAAUUCAACCAAAUUCCAUCUCGCAGAGCAUUAACAGUAACUCAUGAUAAUAUUCUAACGGUGUCUACUUAUGCCCUCACGCGAGUUGCAGGGCCCUACAACCAUUGGGCAUAAGCUCUUAUAGCAACAACACAACUAUUGCCUUGGAGCAGUGUUACACAAUCCUAAAAGGUGCUGUUAAAGAACAAAGUCUCAUAUGGUUUACUCUUUGUUCAUCUCAACCAUUUUGAAGGCUGAGGUAAAAAUUAUUUUGUUUUUAAACUGUGACUUUAUAUAUUUUAACAUCUGGUGAUUCUCAAGUGUGUGUAUAUAAAUGUGCAUUCACAUGCAUGCGCACGUGUGCACACAACAUUUAAGAAAAAUUGGCUAGGUUAUUAACUGAUUGAAUUACUUGGUUUAUUACCUUUUUGGAAUUUAUACUUUGGUGCUUUGAAUCGUCUAUUUAUUAUAAAUGGGCUUUUCAUAAAGAUUUUAACUGAUUUCAUCUUUUAUUAUGUAAAAUCAAGUUAGACAGUAUUAGCUAUACACAGAUCUUGGUGCUUAAUCAUAUUGAACAGUUAAAAAUAAGCUGAUUUUAUUUCUUCAUGGUGCCAUUGCUCUUACAGCUUCCAAUCACUUGCUGUGAAUCCCAGCUUACGGAGAAAGAACCAAUGAUGAUUUAUUUGUAUAUAGAUUUUUCUCAUGUAUGUAUAGUUUGUGUGUGCAUGUGUGUAUGAUCCACAUGCAUUCACAUGCAAAUAAAUAUCACUAGUAAUGAUUGGAGGUUAUUAAUGUAAAUACAUAUAAAUAUAUAUAUUUAAAAGCACUUUCUAUUUUUAAAGUUAACUUGAAAUAGUAUAAGGAUCACAUUUGUCUAAGGUUUGUGCAUUCUCUACCAAGGAAUUUAUUUUUUCGUACUAUAUAAAGUUCCAUAUUGCUACAUCAAUUCAUAGAUGUUGAAAAUACUUGGGUUUUAGGUUCUUCCUUUUUCUUUUUUCCAUUGCUUUUGUUACUAAAUAAAAAAGGUGAUAAAGUCCAGAAAUUCAUUAUUUGCAAAUAUAAAUUAAGUCACUUAUCUAUACUUGUAUUUCUAGGGUCUUUUUUAAAGAAUUUAUAAUUUGAGCAAUAAGGGCAAAUGUUAUCUCAUAGGGGGCAUUCCAAGUUUUAUGGGACAAUACAAUCGAGCAUCAUCCGGGGUGUAGUUCCAUACAUCUUGAAGUCACCCUAUUAGGAUUUUUUUUUUCUGGGGCCUCAAUGCGUAAAUUGCAAUGCCUUGUUAACAUGUUGGAUUUUAAGAGAUCUGCCCUAUCAGCAGUGUAGGAAUACAUCUGAAUUUAUUAUGCAUCCAAAAUGUUCUUCAGUGGUGAACUGGCCAUCAGCCUGAUCUAGGCAGGUUUACUUGAAGCCCAAUCCCAUUGUGUUCAGUGGGCUUUCUGCCAGCGAACAUCUGAUUAUUGUAUGCAGUUUUUUUCCUCUCCUUCACCUCUGAAAGACACACUGAGAUAUCAAAGUGAUUAAUUCUACAAUGUGCAUAGUUCCACAUCUCACUUGGUCUCUCCAGCCAGGAAAUAAGGUCUGUAAUGGGGCAGCGGUCUAUGUUGGAGACCCAUCCAGAGUACAGUAUCUGACCUCUUGUUGUAACAACAUGCCAUUUCCACUUUGCAUCAUACUCUUUUCUGAAUGGUAACUAACCCAUGCAGCACUACAGGGUCAGAGUUUGCAAAUGUUUCCGACCUGGGAACACUGUUCAUUGUUCCAGCUUACACUUUCAUGUGCCCAGAGUUUGUUAGUUGAAAGUGCAAUGGCUGGAUUGAUCAACUCAAGUUUUUGUUUCAGUCAACAACCAGGGAAAGCAACUGCAAAGAUAUAAUCAGUCUAAAUAAGGAUUUGGCUGAAGAGAUUGAAUUGUGCAAGGCAAAGUUCCAUUUUGUAGAUGGAACUUAACUAGAUUGAAGUUCCCAGUUCAAUACUAGAGGCAGAAUGAUGUCUUCCAGCAGACCUGAAAGCUGCCAACUAGCUUAACCAAUAUAACAUAGGCUCUAUGUAGGUUACCUACGGCUGGGGUUUCCUAACAUCUUGCUGCCACUUCUCGUUUCUUAGCAUCUGUUAUUUGGAGUGGCCACAUCUUUUGUUUAACAGAAGUAGCAUUAAAUGAGCCAAUACUCACAGAGCUUUAAUAUUAAAUACUGAAAAACUCAAAUGGACACGGCAGCAUCUGUGUGAUAAAAACUGCUUUUGUCAGUUCUGAUGAGAAGCAGGACUAUUAAAAUAUAGCUCAGGACUUCGGGCAGCUAGAACCAGGAGAAUUUGGUAUAUUUGGAAUAAAGAAAAGGGAAGAAGAAAUUUAAGUAACAAGAUCAUAAUUUAGACAACUGGAUGCCAGGGAUUUUAUCAGUCUUAAUGAUUUCCAUGGUCUAAAUCAGGGGUCUCCAACCGUGGCAACUUUAAGAUUUAUGGACGUCAACUCCCAGAGUUCCUCAGCCAGCAAAGCUGGUCUAAAUUACAUAAUGUUAUUGAAGCUAAACCAGUGAGUUUGACCAGUCCCAAUUUGAGUAGAGCUGUGUGUGUAUGGGAACAUUUGAUUCCAAAUAAUAAAUUAAUUAAAUCACCUUGCAUCCAUUUGUCCCAAUGGCAUCAUCUUAAUUUUAAAAAUUAUGGGACUAUCUCAGGCUUUUCUUUUUUUAUGGUGUAAUUUGAACUAGCCAGUUGCUAUUAUAUUGUGAGCUUUUGGGAGUAAACAUACCCUGUAGUUUAUAUACAAAAAUGAAGCUAUUUACUAAUAAUCCAAUUUAAUCAGGGCAGUCAUGAGGCUAACUCUUGAUUUUACAUCUCUCUCUUUUCUUCUCCGUCUCCAUGAUGUGCCACCAGGAUAACCAGAAAUAAAAGAUUUGUGAUAACAUACUUGAUAAUAUCUUAUAGUGGUGCUAUAACAAAUAAAUUUCUAGAUCUGCUUUUUUAACAAAAUCUAGACAUGGUGCUUUUACUAUUAAAUGUCUACCCUUCUGUAUUUAAUUUGAAAAUAUAAUUCAGAAACGAAGAAAUAAUUGAUUUAUAUAGCUUGUCCCAGCUUUCUCCAAAUAAUUUGUUGAAUGGUGGUUUAUUGGAGUGGAAGUAAAAACAUAUUAAAGACACUAGCUUGGGGAAAACUGGUUCUUUGUCACCUAUGAUUCUGAAGUUCAGAAUGUGGAAUUUAUUCCAGUUAUUCACAUAGUCCAUUUGCGUAAUAUUAGACAUUCACACUGGUCUAAGCUUCAAGGCAACCAUCAUCCACAGCACUCCCAUGGUAGACCACCUGCAUUUCAUCCAUCCAAAUGGGCAAUUACCCAUAUUUUCAUCUAGUAGUACAAAUACAUUUUAGGCACAGUGAAGACAAAAACAGCCUGUUCGAAUGCUGCUUGAUGUCUUUCCCUUCUCCGUCUCUAAUAGGUGAUUGAGGCCAUUAUUGGUGAUGCUGAUCAUGUUAAAUGAUACGUAUGUAUGUCAGACAAGGCUGGUUGCUAGAUACCUUUUUGUUUGCAAGUCACAUUUCCACUUUUGACAGCUGAAUACACACAGACACACAGAGACAAAAUUCAGCUUGCAGAAGCUGUAGAUAUUAGAGAAAUUUUCCUAAGUUACUGAGUAUUAAAAUUUAGAGAUAUUUUACUAAAACCAGGAGUGUGCAAUCCAGCCAAUUUCAUUGAUUGUGGUGAGGGCUGAGAAAGGUUGAUGAUCUAUAAUUUUACAAAGAGGUACCCUACAAAUAUUGUCAAACAUGGCUUUCAAACUUAACUUUAGAUCAGAUCUUCAUAUUUAGUCACGAUACCAUUAGCAAUCUUUAUGCAACAGCUUACUGAGCAACCUGAGUCAUAACAUUUGAGAAUAGUAUGUAAAGAGAAAAACCCAAUCUUUCUAUUUUUAAAACAAACUUUGUAAAAAAAAAAAAACCAAACCCAUAUGCUGCAUUUUUCUUAGUUAAAAGAUUAUGAUUAGUUCAGAUAGAGAAUAUGUAACAAUUGUAAAUAAUAAAAGUAAAUCUAUCAUUUUCUACCAGCAGUUUUCUGCUUCUUGGAUAUACAUUAAUUGGUAUGGUAAUUUUGUGUGCCUUAGAUUUGCAUUUUAAGAACUGUAUAUUUUUUGUGAACCUAAAAUUUAUUAAACAUAGCUGUCAUUACAAUAAGUAGGGUGAAAUCAUCCAGCAGCUCAUCUGUACAGUUUUUUCUAAUUUAAUCAUUCAUUCUUGUAAUUCUGAAUUGGGGGGGGGGGGGGGAGUCCUGGGAUAAUCCUUCACUGUAUGUGGAAAACAUCUACACUUCAUCCUAGUUUGACAAUCUGCUUAUGCUUAUAAUAAGUCCCAUUGAACAUAAUGGGUUGAUUUCUGAAUGAAUGUAUGUAGGAUGGUAUUGUUACCACUUGACAUUUAUAGGGCAUACACUACUAAUAAACUGUUUAGGAUUAAAUUCCUUUUGAUUCCUUUUAUAUAGAUACCACAGCAGAAAAUUCAGGUGGUGGCAAUAGUAGAAAAAUAAAGUUGACUCAAAUUAUGAAGAUUUGGCAUUUUCCCUAAUAGAAGAUCUCUAAUUACUGGAGUAGUUUAGUGUUUUCCCCUGUAUACCUAUAGAAAAUUUACUGCUAUAUUUGCUAGCAGAUACCAGCUCUUAAACAACAGUGCUCAAUAGGGAAAUCACAUAUGUCCACCUGACAGUAAGGAAUAUAAUCUAUUACUUGGAAGUCCACUGAUGAGGUUCCAUAGGGCAUAUUUGCAUAGAAUGCAUUAAAAUGGAAAUGUAUGAUUGUUUUUAACAGCUAAUAAAUGUUUCAUUAGAUACAUCAGAUUACCCAAACAUUGAAAACAUACUGCUGAAAUUAAGAAAUAUUGUUAAAGUUUUGUCUGGGUUCAGCCAUAUAUUUUAAUUAUCAUAAAUUUGUAAAAACAAUACAGCUUACAAAAUGAUAGCUGCAUCUAAAAGGUAAUGUUUCUCAUUGUACUAUCUCACUUAAUUGCUGUUUUACAAGCCAACAUCCAUCAAGCAUGCAUGCAGAGUGAGAAUAUACUGUAAAUACAGCUGUAAGUUAUUUAUUGUAGCAUUUCAAAUAUUUAUCAUAGACGCUGAUGUGCUUUGUGAAUUAGCUUGUAGCAGCAAAGAUUUAUGAUAACUUUACCUAUGUCGUAAGAGCAAUUCCUUGGGCAGUUACAGUAGCCUGAAGAUCUGUAUGGUCUAAGGUUCAAUCUGGCUGUCUGGAGUUGCCAGGAAAUAAAAUGCAUAGUUUUCAAGAUUUUAUUGAAACAACACUCUAUUGAUGAAAUUGUCUGUAAAGAAUAUACUUGAGGCAUCUAAUGAUUUUGGUCCUGUGUUGAAUGCAGGAGUGUUACUUGAAUUUGACAAAAAACAUUGCAAACAUUCAGUGUGUGGCCCCUUUAAAUGAGAAAUAUCAAAGCAGUUAAUUGUCAGAACAUACUAGCAUGUCAUUAAAAAUGCUCUAUUAAAAAAAAGAUUUAAAAAACCCAGGAGUUACAGCAACAUCUCUAAAGCAGGUAUUUUCAAACUUUGCAGUGCCAUGUACUCAGAAUCUGCAUUAAAUAAUACAAAUUAACAAAUGGAAACCCUUGAAAAAUGUAGUGAUUGUGACUAACAGAAAAAUAUCUCCCACAUAAAAAAAAACUCCCUUUGAAGAGAAUGAAAUUCUUGGUACUAAGAUGUUGCAUAUGUGCUCCAAGUUGCUUUAAUGAAGAGGUAAGGAAAAAUAGCUUGAGAUCCUUGGGUAAGCAUGAUGACAAUAGGAAUGCUUUAAAGAAAGCAUUUCCCUUUUAAAUUUCCUAUAUACUAUAUAGAUGGUUAAAGCAAUUUGAAAAGCUUCCCUAGUUAAGCCAUUAACUGCAAUCUUAAACUCACUAGCCACAUUUCCGUGUAGAACUUGUUGACUCAAUGUAAUAUUAUACAUAGAAGCAUCAGUUACAUGUAUCAAGAUCUACUAAAUAGGAAACCAUAGAAGGUAGAAUUUUCCUUAGGAGCUUAAAUAUUCUUUGCAGUCAGAUAGAACUUUGUGUUAGAUGACUUGGUUGUUUCAAAUAUUGGGAUGAACAUAGGCAUAGUGUCUGUUGUAUCCUUUACAGACUGGCACUAGGGUAUUUUUAACCUUGGUUUGGUACACUCAGAUGAAUGUGACAGCUGAUAUUGUUAAGUCUCUCCAUAGAAAUAGUGUUUUGUUACUGUUUUUUUAGCUAUUUCCACCUGCCCUACUGCAUCUUUUCCAUUCUGCUUAGAAGUAUCCUUGCAACAGGCAGAAUGUUUUCUGGGUAGUGUUUCCAGAAAUCAUCAGAUAUAGGCAUGCUGUUAUAUCUCCUAUGUAUUAAACGCCUGUUCUUUAACUUUGUUUUGGCACAUUAUUUCUAAAAAAAACAAACUUAAAGCAUUACAAAUUUACAGAUUAUUAUCUAAAUUCAGCCACGGAUAAGAGUUUCAGCAGUCUCUACAAUUACUGCGUAUUACCACCUUUUCAAAUUUAUUUUGAUCUUCAUGAUUUCAGUCUAAUCAAAGUGAAUACACUAGUUAAAAACUAAGAGGAUCAAUGGAGUUUCAGUUAAUCCUGGCAUUGACUGCAUUGAGAGGAAAAUAUAAUUUGGAUCCAGCUCUGGAUCCAGGUCUACAGUAAUACGUUAUUUGUUUUGAGCAGCUUCCAUUGUUUGAAGACCCCAGGUUUUCUCUCUUUGUUAGCGAUAUAGUACCGGUUUUUGGCCCUUCAAAUGUUAGAUUUCAGUUUUCAUCAUUAAGACAAAGGAGGAUAGAAAAGCUGCUUCUACCCCAUCAAUACAUUGUUCAAGUUAUAUGUUCACCAUUAUAUUAUUAACUGCAUUCAGAUGUAAUCAUUUCCUUUGAGCCUUGUCAUUCAGUUAUGCAAUGUGUUUCUUAUGGCCCUGAUUAAAUAGCACAGUGACAUUAAUUGAAUCCACAUUCACAACUGUAGUCACUAAUCCACUGUCAUGUGUACAUUUACUCUCAGAAUGGGACUUUGCACUUCACUAUUUCCCUGAAUUUAUUUUAGGUUGUCCUCUAACCCCCCUGAGCAGAUUUGAGGCUUAGGAAAGGUCAGAGUGAAGGGGAACAAAUUGUUCUCUUCACUCACUGACCCAAAGCUUUGCUGAUAUUUGAACAGAUUAAGUGGUUAAGACGGAUGAAAUGUUGACUCUUUUGAGUGUACAAAAUCCUUGCUUGUUUUGAAAUUUGGUGCUUGGAAAGUAUUCUUUCACCCUCUUUCUUCAAAUUAAAGGCUAUGCACCUGGAUUCUGUCAUUUUUCUUAUAUGCCUUAACUGUAUGAACAGCAAAAUACUUGUCUUACUAAUGUUUUACAUCCAAAGUUGAAGAAGAAUCUAUUAAUAUUAAAACUGGGUGAAUGUGUACCAGGGAAGAUAAAAUUUCAUAUACUUGUUAUGGUAGUCUGCAAAUAAGAGCAUAGUAGAAUAGCCAAGCUCCAUUGCUUUCAACUGCAUAGGGGUAUGCACUGAAAGGAUAAGAGUGGAUCAAACCAGGGUGGAAAUUUGAAAUGGAAAAGCUAACAGAAAGGCCAUUCCAUAUUACAGGAAGAAAGAUGGGGAGUUAAAAAGUUAAUAUAUCUGCUUUUUCUCAGUACCACUGGGGCAGCUAUAUUCCUUUAUCCAGAAAUAUUUCUCAGUAAAAUCCAGAAUGACAAGAAACUAAAUUUGUGUGUGUGUGUGUAGGUUUCCCUUCAUGAAGUUGGCAGUUGAUGAACAUUUUAAACAGCAAAGAAGAUUUCCCCCCCCCACAUCCCAUAAAUUGAAUGAACGUAAAUUAUUAACUAACAAAAGUACUCUCCAUGCCAAAACAAAUAAGAUUUUUAUUCUUUUGUUGGACAUAACUUCAUAGGGGUUUCUUCCAAAUUACCUGUACAGCUAGAGAUAAUUGAAAUUGUAAACCUAUUGUGCAUAGAUAGACCUCCAUUGUGCUACUGACAUAUUUGUAAAUCAUCAACUGUAUAGCUGCAGAUCAAUUUAGGGCAGUAUGAUCAUAAUCCCAUGUUACUGUAACACAAAAACAAUUUUCAUACACAGUAAUUUACUACAAUUCAUGUAAGCCUAAGAAUGUAGAAUUUUCAUUUAUAAGCAUCGGUUAUCUUUAUCAAAUUUCCAGGUCACUAUAACCUAUAACAUUUCCAUCUUAAUAUCCAGUUUGAAGGUUUCUAGUACGAUUGCAAUGCUGAAAUAAUAUAAGAAGUCAGAUGUGCAAUCCAUAAGGGAUUACUUUCCUUAAUAGUUUUUGUUCCCAUCCCUUAUCAGAUAGAUUUCUCUCUCUUUGUGAAAAUUAAAGAGAUUAAAAUCAACUCAAAACAUAGGUUUAUUGCUGCAGACAUAUAGACUGCUUUGCCGACAGAACGAAUGUGAUAAUUGAUUUGUAUGCAAGAUUGUUAAUAAAACCAUACCAGUAGAAUGUGGAUUUUUGAUGAAAUGGAUAUGCUGCCAAUAAUGUCUUCUUGAUUAUAUCCCCCCCCCCUUUUUAAAAAGAAAUAGGAUUUAUAUCACAGGUGUCAAACUCGCAGCGUCACAUUACUGUCACAUGACGUAUCACAUUUUUCCCCUUCACGGACCUGGGGUGGGCGUGGCCUAUGCAUGACGCAUCCAGCCCAUGGGCCGUCAGUUUGACACUCCUGAUUUAUUUUAUUCAUGCCCUAUUGUGGUAAAGGUAAAAAAGAAAAGUAACUUUCAUGCUGUUCACCCACUGAUUUCAUACGAGAUUAAUAACAAUAUAUAUCUAUACAUACAUGUAUAGGUAUAUAUGUUUCUUCUGUCCCUCCAGACAGCAAAUCAUGAAAUGACUGUGAUCUGUCUUAAAAAGCAAAAUAUUGCUGAUAAAGGAUUGCUCCAAAAUUUUUGUAUAUUCAGGUAUAAGCCUCUCGCAUGAAGCUGCUUUAUGUAUUACUCCAUUGCUCAAUUCUGGGGAAUUUCUAUGUUAUACAAUUAAUAAUGGGCCCAACUCUCACUUUGCCUUUCACAUAACUGCUUCUGCAUGUAACCAUCAUAUGUAAUGUUCUAAGUAUUCUAAAUAAAGCAGAAUCCUGGUCUUGUAAACAGGAGUUUCAUCCUAGUAAAUAUAUUCUUGCUGAAAGUAGAAUUAAAACUUGUACAGAAGUGGCCUAGAUUUGCAAGUACAAGCUCAUUUAGUUGAACGGUUUCUGAGACGACUGAAAUCUUUCAGUGGUCGAAGUUCAUUUGAAAAAGGAAUACAAUAUUAGAGUGGUAUGUAGUUAUAAAAAGUACAUGCUUUAUCGUGAGGUAGUGCCUAUAAUUAGGUUCCUGCUAUAAUUCCCAUAUGUCAUAAAAGCUUUAUAUGGCAAAAUGCAAAACUAGAAUAAAGUAUGAAUGUCAUUUAAUCAUUUUAGCAAAAGAUGGCAGAUUUGAAGCUUUGUAUUUUAUGUCCUCUAACGCUGAAUGUAUUUGUUGCCUAAGACUCUAAAACAGGAUGUGUUGGUCAUGCUUUGUAAUAUAUGCAUUAUCAUUACAAGGAAAUAUUUUAUUGGAUUUUUUUAAUCAUAUAUUUCAAGAUAUUGGAAUGCUUUUUUUUAAUCAAAUGGUGGUGUAUUUCAGAAGUAGGGUUUAUAAUCUAGAGCAGGGUUUCUCAACCUUGGGGGCUUCUGAGAUGUAAAACUGCUACGGUUGAGAAACACUGAUUUAGAGAGGUAAGGGGAGCAAAGCUGUUCAAGUUUCAGAAACUCUUGAGCAUAAAAAGAGGUCCACUGGAUUGUAUUUCAAAUAAUCUGAGCUAAAUGUGCAGUCUGGAAACACGAAUAGUGACCAACAGCCAAAUAAAAGCAUUUUUAAGCAAAAUGUGCAGUGGGGCUUAGUAAUUCUCAAGGGAGUAUGCUUAAGAAUGCAGCUAUGCGAUUGGAUCUGCUACAUUAAGAUUCCCCAACCCCCAGACCAUGGACUGGUCCCUGGCCUGUUAGGAACUGGGCCGCACAGCUGGAGGUGAACGAUGAGCAAGCAACCAUUCCCCUCCGCCCCCCAGUCUGUGGAAACAUUUUCUUCUACGGUCCUUCAUGUCAAAAAGGCAUGUUUACACAUAGGAAAAUCCCCUCAAGUUCAGUGGGACUCACACUGGAGUAAUUGUCCAUAGGAUUCCAUUUUGCAUCUGUAAAUGAAGUUGGGCUUACAUACAGUAUAUCUAGUUAAGGGGUAUUCCACACUAAGAUCUUUAAGGGCGGAAUCUGAAAAGUGUUUGAUGAAGGAUUUAGUUUGACUUGCUUUCUAGUUGUGUUGAAGAAAUGCUUUCUUAAUAAAAGUGCAUAGGAUCGAGGUGUGUGUCCCUUUGAUUUCAACUGAAUUUAGCUGUGACUAAUCUUCGCUAGACUGUCUCUAAAUGUAAACUGAUAUUAAUGGCACGAGCAGUAACUUCAGUUCAAAUAACGGUUAAAACAUUAAACUGGAGAGUACUUUGCUAAAUAAGAAAAAAAACUGAGCUCUGCUGUUGAGUAAUAUCUCUUGUAUUUGUGUGUAUGUGUGUGUGGUACGUGUGUUUAAGAAAACUGGGGUGCAUAUUUAUUUUUUAUCAUUUACAGUAACUUAGACUUCAAUGAUUUUUUUUUCCUUUAAACAAUCUUCUAUAUUAAGAAGAUCUAAUGGUGGAAAAAUGAAAAGGCAGACACAUUUUUACCAUUUACCAUUGUAUUUAGUUAAUAAAUGGAAGAAAAGCACUUCAUUAUUUCACAAAACUUACCGGAAAAAGAAACUUAUUUCAUUACUCUGGGAGAGAAAUACAUUUUCAGACAAGGGAACAUUUACCAGCAGUACUUGAAAAGUGUGAGUUUUGACUGCAUGUUACUUGAAAGAUCAUACUAAGCUACUCUUUGGUGCACAGCAGUUGUAUAUGAUUUCUUGUUUAUGUAGCAAGAUGCAUUGAAAUUGUAUUGAAACAUACAUGUAAGAAUUGUUAUUGUAGAGAUGGUUUGUUCUGUUUUUUAUUCUUGUGUAUGUCCUAUCUGUUUAAACCUUAAAUGUUUCUUUUAAAAUGACCUAAAAGGCAAGAUAAAGUUGAUAUCAUUGCAAAAUGUAUUUUAAUUUUUGUCAUGGCUUUUUCCAAAAACAAAAUUACAAACUGUAUCAUUCCUGAUAAUGCAGAACAUUGUGGAUGGUUUCAAAUAAAUUUUAUACUUCUA